AAUAUUUUGGAUUAUUUGUCAACACCAAACCAAACCGAACCCGACACCAGAGGUACUGCAACUAUUGGAUAAAAUGCUGAACAUAAGUACCCUUAAUUGAACGAGAGAGAUAGCACCCAUUUUCGUUCGGUUCAUUCAAUCUUUCUAGGAUAAUUUUGGUAAGCAACUUCACGUCGAUCGAGAACAAGACACGCCGAUCUUGGGGUUUUCUUUUUCCCUUUCUGUUUUCACCGAUCUUGGGUUGUUCAUUUUCCCAAUUCUACAAGGGAAUUCGAUCGGUGAGCAUAUUGUGUGUUGAUGAUCGAUGUAUAAUAUAGAGAUUAGGAGUGUUUGGGCGGGUUGAUUUUGCAUUGAGUUGUACGCAGAUGGAAAGGGAGAGGCGUAAUGGCAGUCAUAAUUAUAACUCUUUUACGGUGCGCUGUAAUGGAGGCAGUAGAGAUAGAGAUAUAGAGUCUCUGCCGUUCGCUUCGCCUCCUUCUGCGCUUUCGUCCGGCGGUGCUGUUGGUUACAUCGAACACACCGUUUCAAAGCUGGACACUCUCGCCGGGAUUGCCAUCAAGUACGGCGUCGAGGUCGCUGACAUAAAAAAGAUGAAUGGAUUGGUUACAGAUUUUCAAAUGUUUGCUCUCAAGUCUCUCCAGAUUCCAUUACCUGGCAGGCAUCCUCCAUCUCCUUGUUUAUCAAAUGGUUCCAUCACUCCAGGACAGAGCAGUUCUGACCACAUCCCACCCUGGCGUAGACAUGGUGAUUUCUUUGAAUCAUUUCAGUCCCUUGGAGUUAAGUCUCCUCAGCGGAAGGUUUCUCCAUCUAUUAGCUCUUUACAGGGUUAUAACGGACUCAAACUGAGAGGUCAGAAAACCAUGCCUGAAUGUCUUGAAAUGGCUGCCUACAAAAGAGGAGAUUCUCAAUAUUUAGAAGAUGGGCCUUUCCCCAGCGCCUCUCUGGUUUCCAACCAAUCUUUGAGCCAUCACCGGAAGUCUAAAAGUUUAGUUAAUGCUUUAUUGGAUGAGAAUGGUGAGCUAGCUGCCACCCUAUCUGUUUCAGAAGCUCAGAACGACACUGAUAAAUGUUGCGAGAAAAUGCUCAGAAGGCGUCAGAAGUCUGAAGCUGAUUUCACCCAUCACACGCCAGAAAUGUUGUUGGAGAAUAACAGCAAUACUGGUGGGUUUCUGGCAAAAACAGGAAAGGGCUUAGCCUUGAGACCCAAAGCAGCAAGCCGAACUACGACAAGUGAUUCUGAAGCAGGUGGUUUGAACCCAAUACCAAUUGGUCUGGGAGAUUCUGUUGUGUCUGAUGACUUUUCUGGAGUGAAGAAGUCUUCAAGCACAUCAAGUUUGCAGGAUCAGGACUACAGUAGUGCUUCAUCCAUAUGGACUACUACAAGGUGGAGUCUGAAACCAGAUCUGCAGGCCCUUUCGACUGCAGCCAUUGCAAAACCAAUUUUUGAUGGCUUGCCGAAGCCUACACCGGGUCGAAGAAACAAAGCUGCGCUUGACUAGUUAAUCUCAUCCAACUUAAUUUUUAGUUAUUUUUAUAAUUUCAAUGUUUUUCAGGCCAGCCGUUGCCAGUGCUUGAUGAGUAUAGAGAGGUACGACAAACAGUCGAUAAGGAAAAUGUUAUAUUGGUUCUGUUCUCUGAAGAACAUCUUGCAUGUCGGUUAAGGAAACUGACAUACAAGAGCCAAGGAAGAGGGAUCAAAGAAGCAGAUGAUGUAAUGCGUUCAGCUGAUUUUGCAAAAGCCCUCGAAAAUUAUCCCCAAACAUGUAAUAAAAAUAGAAUUUUGCUAAAUACAAGUAAAAUUGUGUAUUAA